AUGUCGGGGAAGAAGCUGAUGGUCCGGUGGGUCGGACCGUUCCGGAUUGUCCAAGAGCUCCCUACCAGCUACAUGAUAGAGCACCUGCUAACUGGUGAGCAGUUCGACGUUCAUGCCAUCAGACUAAAGCACUACGCGGACGGAACGCUCGAUGUCACCGAAGAGCUCAAGCACCAUGUCGCUCUCCAAGGGAUAAAGCUGGGCGUCCGAGCAGACACGGAGGACUCAUGGGAAGAGUUCGGUGGUAUCUUCAAUGCAGUACCAGAAAUCGUCGAUCGGUACGUCGACACUUGCUCGGACACCAAGCUCAAGAAAUACCGCAAGACGUUGCAAGACGGCAACAGAGCAUAA